GCUCGUCUGCCAAGAGACAAACACGAGCGCAGCGGGGAGACCGUCACGCUGUCGGGACUAUAAAACUUCAGCUGCACGUCUGUGACUGAGACAAACCCGCGAUGGCUUCCCUCAAAGCGCUGCUCUCUGCCCUGACCCUGCUGGCUCUGACUGUGGACGCCUCGUCCGGCCCCGGGUACAGCAACUACAACUACGACCUGUCGGGUCAGCAGCUCACAGAUCUCUACAACUCUCCAGUGUACAAAGCUGAAUGGAUGGUCCGACCGUUUGGAUCCAGUUCGUCCACGUUUGGACCGCUCAGCCACACCGGCGUCAGAGUGACGCUCGCUGAUGGAGCUCAGUGGCUGAUCCACAAAGGUCAGGACUACGGCAUCUCCUCUGACACGGUGGUGACCAGCGCUCGGCACAUGAGCUCAGCCUGGAAGCCCGUGUUUCACCUGAGCAGACAGUUUAACGGGAGGAAGAAAGUUGCUGAUUUUGUGAAACGUGGAGGAGAAACCUACAACGCCCUCUUCAACUGCCACGUAGCUUCUAUUACAAUGAUGCUGCAGUAAACCUGAUUUCUUCAUGAUACAGAGUUUUCCCCCAACACCAGGCCUCUGGAGAACUUCAGGAAAUGCUGAGGAGUCAUUUCGCCCUUUAAAUCAGCUGUGAUGGAUCAUGGACACAUCUAACACCUGCAGGACGCGGCACUCGAGGCCUGCAGUUGCCUACCGCUGCCUUAGAGCAACAUACGUCACAAUCACUGCGUAACAACACAUCAGUGUCAUAAAUAAAACAUUAAUGCUAAACCA